ACCUUCUAGCGGUGUUUGCGGUGUGAUAAAGUUGUAUCGAUGUUUACCGGCAGUCACAACGUGUUGACUCGGUGGAGUGUCCUCGUCGCUAUCUAUAACGUGUAAACUGUGCCUUCGCGGACUGGAAAACUAAUUUAAAAGAUAAAAACAUGAGUGUAAAAUUGUUAAGUGAAGUGUGAAUAAUGAAGGACUCUGCUCCACGGUGCGAGGACGUAGCCGACAAGCUGGUGCGCCUGUUCGGAUGGCGGCAGACGUAUCCUGUGCAGAAGCUGCAGAGGAACAUCUUGCCUAAACCUAAUGAGACGGGUCCUGAGACAUGGGUCGGCGUCCGGGCUCUCCGCGCGAGCUCCGGUGGCAUCUUGGACCCGGACGACCGCGUCCGGGAUGUGGCGGACGACCGGGAGACGCUGACGGCGGAGUGCACCGGACAGACGCCGCAGCCGCGCGCAGCGCAAGCAGAUGGCGCUAGUGGCUCGUCGGCUGGCACCGCCUCUCCUGACAUGUUUAGGGGUGGCGGUGGCGUCGGCGGCAGUAUGCGGGUGCCGAACACAGACUCGUGCGUGGAGGUGGGCGAGGCGGACCUGGAGGACGGCGCCAACGGCCUCCAGGUCCGUCGCGGGAGUGAGCCCACGUUACACCAGGACACGUUACCUCCCCAGAGAUCGGCGACAGAACAAACCAAGCGCUGGUCAGCCGCCGUGGUCUGCCGCGACGACAGCAGCCGGAUCACGCAGAAAGUGCACCCGCUGCCGGACGGCCGGCCGCCGGACGCGGACAGGCACGCGCCGCCCGGACAGCACUUCCAGAGGCAAUCCAACCGGCUGUCCAUGCAGUUCUCUGGACCUGGGAGUGGCGUAUGGUUAGACGCAGCAGAGAGAGUGCAGACUUACGGUAGCAAAAGUCUUCCAAGAGACGCACGGAGAGAACCUUUAGGCCAAGAUACACCUCCCAAUGAUCAUCAGAACCAUAGGGUAGAAGACAUGCUUCGAUGGGUGACCGGAGUCAACAACGUAGCGAGCGUGCAUCCUGUGCAAGAACGUCCACUUGAUCUCUUACCUGAAGUGGGCAGCAGCGAGCGCGCCAUAUCAGGCAUGGAAGUCCCGGUCAGUCCCAGCAAGCAUUCAUCAGGCGCCAUGCAGACGGUCACAGUCGCGCUGGUCAAAGGCGAGAAGGGGCUCGGCUUCACCAUCACCACGCGGGACAACCCCACCGGGGGACACUGUCCCAUCUACAUCAAGACUAUCCUGCCCAAGACGGUCUCAGUCGCGCUGGUCAAGGGAGAGAAGGGGCUCAGCUUCACCAUCACCACGCGGGACAACCCCACCGGGGGACACUGUCCCAUCUACAUCAAGACUAUCCUGCCUAAGGUAUAUUGGCUUUAG